CGACAUGUUAGAUUUUUAUUCUAUUUAGCUCUCUCAUUCAUUAAAAAAACUAGUUUCUCGCUUUUAAUGAAGUGCUAUUUUCAUACUAGCCGUUUUAAUUCGUGAUUUUAUUAUACAUUAAUUUUUUUUUUUUAUUCCUCGCUCGUUCAAGAUGUUACGCUGUAGAGAAAGAAGUAUAUUUAUUAAAAAUAAAUUGAUUUGCUGCUGCUGCCAGCAGUUGUUAGACUUUCCUAUGUAACAACCGCACGAGUGUGUUUUUCCUUUCUGCUUUGUAUCUAAAACGAUGUCAAUAUGUGUACUAGGGCGAAAGAGAGGAAGCAUUAUACAGAUGAAGACAUCGAUGAUGAUGAAAUUGAAGGGAAAAGGAAUUACAGUCUGGAGGAGAAGCUGCACAGCGCGCAGUUUCAGGGAAAUUUCGUGACGCUCAUGAAAGGGGAUGAAUUUAAUUUAAAAUUCUUCCAAGAACAUGGGUUGACGAAGCCCAUUGUUUUCUUCGAAAAAUCUGGUCUUGGAAUGCGAGUCCCAAGCUCCAAUUUCCAAGUUAGUGAUGUAAAGCAAUGUGUUGGUAGCAGACGUCCUUUGGAUGUUAUGGAUGCCAAUACCCAACGAGGACUUGAGAUGACAAUGAAAGAUUGGGUAAAAUAUUAUGAAAACACAGACAGAGAAAAACUGCUUAAUGUCAUCAGUCUUGAAUUUAGCCACACCAAACUUGAAAACUAUGUUGAAUCUCCAACAGUGGUUCGACAGACUGAUUGGGUUGACACUGUAUGGCCACGCAUCUACAAAAAAUGUCAAACUGAAGCAACGAAUAUAAUUGAAAAGAUGAAGUACCCCAAAGUGCAGAAAUAUUGUUUAAUGAGUGUAGCUGGAUGUUACACUGAUUUCCACGUCGACUUUGGAGGUACUUCAGUUUGGUAUCAUAUCCUGCAUGGCCAAAAGGUCUUCUGGUUAAUCCCACCCACUGAGGUUAAUAUUGAACUUUAUGUUAAUUGGAUACUUUCUGGUAAACAAGGAGACAUAUUUUUGGGUGAUCAAGUUGAAAGCUGUCAAAGAAUAGUUUUAGCUGAGGGUUAUACAUUUGUUAUUCCAUCAGGUUGGAUCCAUGCUGUCUACACACCUAAAGAUUCAUUGGUUUUUGGUGGAAAUUUCCUUCAUAGUUUUAAUAUUAUUGAACAACUAAAUGUUUGUGAAAUAGAAGAAAAGACACAUGUUCCUCAGAAAUUUCGUUAUCCAUUUUUCACGGAAAUUUCUUGGUAUGUGUUGGACCGAUAUUUGGCUUGUUUGACUGGUAAAUCUUUCUUGCAAAAAUCAGUCUAUGAAAUUGAGAAGGAUGAAGAUUCUGAGUUGGAUGAUUCUCGCCCUCCUUCUAGAGAUCCUGAAGACUACUCAGAUCGCAAUCAAAACAGACAAGAUGAAAAGGAUCCAAAAUCUUCUCAGCAUAAGCUCUCUAAAAGUAUAACUAUUGAAUUAACUCGCAUUGAUGAGAAAAAUUUCCCUCGUGCAAGCAGUGAUGAAGAAAGUGCACCAACUAAAGGCAGCCGGUCUAGACGAGGUAAUGGGACAGAUAGUAAAGGAAGAGACUCUAAAAGAGCUCGCUCACCUGCUAGCAUUGACGAUAAGAGUGAAACAGAUGACCUCUUAAACGAAAAAGACUCAAAGGAAGAUCUCUAUAAAGACAGCAUAACAGAAGGUGCUAAGUUUGUUCCCAAGAAAAAUGUACAUUUGACCAAAAUUGAAUUGGCUGGUCUUGAGAAAUUAGUUCAAUGGUUAGAGUCCUUGCCACCUGCAAAGAAAAAUGUGCCAAAAGAUAUCUCUGAGCCAGACCAACUAAUUAAAGAGUUCAAGCAAAUGUUACUUGAUCACAAAGAUGAUGACCCACAACUAUCUGUGACAGGGGAACCAAUACUGCAGUGGCCUCCUUCUAAAAAGCUGAAACCGAAAUUAAAGAUGGGUCAUAUGGGCAAGGGAAAACUCAGCGGUAAGAAUGCAGCCGCUCAGGCAGCAUCAAAUAUCCGGAGACGAAGAACAAGGUGUAAGAAAUGUGAGCCCUGUACACGUCAAGAAUGUGCUGAAUGUCAUUUCUGUAAAGAUAUGAAGAAAUUUGGUGGACCUGGGAGGAUGAAGCAAUCUUGUAUCAGUCGCCAAUGUAUGGCUCCGGUAUUACCUUUGUCUGCUGCAUGUAUGAUUUGUGGAAAAGAAGGUACUACAGAAAAAGAGAACAUAGAAGACUCUGUAAGUGCACUGAUGGAAUGUGGCAUUUGUUGGGAAAUAGUACAUCCGAAUUGCUUCAAGUUGAAAAAUGAAAAUAUUGACGGUGAAGGAGUAAUAAAUGAAGAUCUUCCUAACAGUUGGGAGUGCCCCAAGUGUUGCCAGGAUGGUAAACGUGGACAAACUAAGCCACGAGUAAUAAAAUGCCAGCCAAAACCAAAAGCUAUUGAGAGCCGACAUUCUUCAACAAGCAGUGAAGAUGUAUCCUCAGAAACAUCCGUUGUUCCAAAUCUAAAGCAGGAACCUCCACCUUUAUUUGAAGGCAAAAGGGUGACAGCAAAAGAAAGCAGCUCUAAUAACUCCAACAACACGACAGCUCCCAAGGAAACCACUGUACCAAAACCUACAGUAAAAGAUGAACCUGUUGCUUCAAGUCAAAUAAAGAAAGAAGGACCAGAAGAAAACCCAGAAGGCCAAAAUAAACGGAAAUUGGAUUCAAAAGUUCCACCAAAGACAAACAAGACCAUCCCACUGAAAAAGAAGAGACUUAACAAUGAUCGUCCUAAAUGUGAAUCAUCUCAGCUUGGAACUUUGAUGACCAGGAGGAUGAAAUGGUCAAACAACCUCGCCGGAUCAGAUGCUGCUUCUUGUUCCAAUCCAGUGUCCGCAUCUGUUAGUCGACGACCAAGAAGAGAGAGAUUGGUGGACAGUUCUAGCGACCGGCAACCUCCAUCCUUUAGGUUUCAACUGCGGAAGAGAACUCAGAGACAGAAACGACAGAAAGCUGUUGGUCGGAGAAGCAGGGGAGGAUCUGGCCCCAUUAGGCAGGCUGCUGUGGCAGCACAAGCAAAGCUAUUAGCUGCUGAAUCUGAUCUUCCACUUGAUGAAGAUGAUGAUUUUGUUGGUUGUUGUAGCAAUGUGAAAACAUCUGCGAAUUCAGAAACCAAACCACUAAAGGAUAAUUAUGUUACUGAAUCAAAUGUACAAGCAUCUACGUCAAUGGCUGAUAUCCGUGUUAAUGAAUCGUUAAAUGUGAAAUCAAAGUCGUCGUCUUUAGAAGAAAGUGAUCAACAAAUGAUGAGAGAAGUUCGUCUGGAACCUCCUAUUUAUGUUGUGAGACCUGCUCCUGUACCUCCUCCCCCAGACUUUAUAACUUUGAACUCUGAGGAAAUCCAUGUCCUACGACAGGAUCACUGGAUGCGUGUGUUCUCAUUUCUAAAUGCUGCAGACUUAGUUCGUUGUAUGUGUGUCUGUAAAACCUGGCACAGCUGGUGCAUUAAUCACACUCUAUGGACCACUGUUGAUCUUUCAGGCAGAUUGAUCAAACAGCAACAUUUAAUCGGAACUGUUUGUCGUCAGCCAAAAUGUCUCAACUUAACAUCUUCAUUUUUCUCUUACAAACAACUAUUUUGGCUCAUAGCAAGAUUACCACAACUUGAAAGACUUCUUUUGUGUAAUUGUUGCUGGUCUACCAUAUCAGCCCUUUGUUCUUCUUCUUGUCCUUUAUUGCGUUCACUUGAUGUGAGCUGGGCAACUGGCAUGCAUGGAGAUUGCUUCCGAGACUUGAUUCUACCUCAGAUUGAUAGAAAACCUGGAAUGAGGGAUGUGAGUCGUCUUUGCAAGCUAAAACAGUUGAUUGCAUCUGGCACUGAGCUAACUGACAAUGUUAUGAAUAUAAUAACCGAACACAUGCCACAGCUAGAAUUACUGGACAUAAGCUACUGUACAAGAGUUACUGAUCAAGCCAUUGCCAAUUUGGCAUGUAGUUUGGCUUGUCGGCAAAAAUUAAAGAAAAUUAACAUCAGUGGAUGUCAGUAUAUUACAGAAAAGUGCCUACAACAUUUUAAGAACUUUGAUAAUCUACAUACACUGGAUUUUAAAGGAUGUGCAAAAAUCCCUUUUUCUGCUCUGGAAACAUUUGUAUCAGCAUACACAAAUCAAAAAUUGGUACUAAAUGAAGACAAAUUGAUAACAAACGCCACUCCAUGAUACAAUAUAAUUUCAUCUUUAUUACCACCACCGUCAUCAUCAUCAUCAUCAUCAUUGAAAAGAACAAUACAAAAUUUUUUUAAAAAUCUCUUUUUUAAUUCAUGACAAAAAAGAUUAGCUAAGGAUUGAAUUUAUUAGUUUAUUUACAUAGACUGUAUGUGCUUAAAAAAGAUGUGUAGGACUUUGUGGACAUGUUUGUGAAAUGACUAUUUAAAAAUAACUCCAUUCUGUUUAACAAAGCAAUUUCUUUUUAAAGUAAAUUUUCAAAUCUGUCUGCUUCUAAAAACUGCUGGCAUAAUGAAAAUAUGGGAAGACAUAAAAUUAUCAAGAACUUCCAAAUUAAAUUCCUCAUUCAUAUAAUGAGUCAUGAUUAGUUAUUAAUCAAAGGUGUUUUUUUAAUAUAUUUUGGGAAUUCAAUUUUUUUUUGACACCAGUUUGUAGAUUGUACCUUAAGAUGCAAUUUCUUGGUUUUAUGUCUGUUACUAAUUUAAAUUACAAAUAACCUGAGAACUGUUUGAUUUUAUUAUUCUGUUCAAAGUAUUUUCAAUUUUGCAUAGACAUUGCUUGAUAUUCUGUUAAUUUCAUAGUUAUGACUUUGAACUAUUGAUUGCCUCAAAGAUGAUAUGCCAUUGAAAAAAAAACACAUUUUGUUUAGUACACAUCUAGAGUAUUAGUAUUUUGUAUUCAUUCACUGGUUCUACCUGUGUUGUUUGACAAAGCUUUUGCUAAGUUUUUUCUUUGUUAUGAAUUAAUUUAGCGAAUAAUUAGUUUUAAUGAAAAAACAUUGACUUCAAAGGACUGGCAAAAUACUUCUAUCUGAGACAGUCAUUUUUACUUAAAUAUAUCUACUCACAGCCCACCCGAAUUACUGGUAUACUGACACUUUCAACAUCAUCAUGGAUACAUUCCCUCCCCCUUUAAUUCUAUACACUGAAGAAGUUCUGUAGAAUUACUGUAAAAUUGUAAUCAACAAUUUUCAUGUUUCAUAAAGUAUUGAAAAUGCUGAA